AUGAACCUUCGAAAAGUGGCGAAAGCGCAGCCGCAGUCGCCCGACAUCAGCACGAGGACAUCCACUCCCAAAAGCCAGGCUAGCGACUCACAAAGCACACCCCGCCCCCGCUCCAGUCGCAAGAAAUCCUCGGAUGCACCAGAAACAAAAGCUAGGAGAGUACGCACUGGCUGUCUCACUUGUAGGCAAAGACAUUUGAAAUGCGACGAAGCUGUUGGACGAUGUCUCAAUUGUCGAAAGUCAGAUCGCGUAUGUCGGCGCGGUGUUCGUCUCAACUUUAUAGAUACUCAAACUGUGGCGCCUCCACAUAUCAUCGCUCGGCCCCUUGGAUCGCAGGUGACAUUCCGAGAUGACUCGCGUUUGAUCGCCUCGCUGUAUGUGGGAGGAUUCGAGACAUACCCCCCCGUCCAGCUGGAGACUCCGGUACAACAAAACCGACAAUCACACCACAAUCUUGACUUUAUGAGGGAUAGUGACUUGACAACUCUCUUUCAGUCGGUGGCACAUUCGUUUGGCCCUCUUAGCUUUGAUGUCCAACCUCCAAAUGCAGCGGAUUUCGUUGAAACUGAUGCUUGGCACCAGUCUCACUUGGUACCAGGAGAUGAACUUCUUCCGCACGGAACAUCUCAUUUCGCCCGGAAACUGGCUGGAAAACAUGACUAUCACUCUUUUCUCACUGACCCAGAGCAAGUGUAUCUUCUCCGUACUUUCACGGAAGAAGUCGGUACCCGGAUGGACAUAAUGGAUGAAAUGAACUAUGUGGGUAACCAUCCCCGCACUUUAUUCUUCCGGUAUGCUCACAAAGCGCAGUUUUCCCAAAUUCUUCCGGCGUUCGCCAUUGGCGAGCCUACAUUGCUCAAUGCGUUUCUCGCAUGUGGUGCUAGACAUCUUUCUUUAACAAACAAAUCAUAUGGGGAUGAAAAAGCGGCACAUUAUUAUGACGCGGCUACUCGGGAUCUUUUGAAUGAAAUGCAAGAUCCUGACCGUGACUCUGUACUCUGCGCAACAGCAGCCCUUGCCCUCGGCUUCUCCGAAACUACGCUAAACCAAUCAAGACACAGUGGAGAUCAUAGCGCAGGCUCCCGAGCUUUGAUCCGAGAGUGUGGCUGGACUGCCAAAACACCUGGUCUUGGCGGAGCAUGUUUCAGGAUCAGCAUCAGUUUAGAGCUCCUGAACUGUAUGAGAUAUAAUUGGACAUUGUCUUGGGAUCCAAACGAUUGGGGGAUCGACAUGGACAUGGAAAAUUCACAGGUCACCGAUGGGGGCAAUCAGAUUUUGUGGCAUCAUCGAAUUCUUUAUAUCUUCGCGAAAGUCAUAACUUUCCAGCCUUCUUCGCGCCCAUCUCACGGCCUAGGUGACGAUGCAGCAUGCGCCAUCCAGCUCAAUGAUCAUGAAUGGAUUACUCAUUACAGGUGGUGUGAGCAAUGGGUGAAGUUUAUUCCUAGAUCCCUUGUGCCCCUUGGUUAUCUGCAGCCAUGGCAAACAAGUUCCAACUCGGCCUUUCCUGAAAUUUGGCUCGUCAACCGAUCUGCUAUUAUUUCUCGAUUAUUCUACAACGCCGUUCGUAUUCUGCUGGCCAAAACACACCCUUUCCAGUCAGAGCUUAAUGAGGAUGUGCGGAAGAUGAAACGCAACCACGCGCACGAAAUAUGCGGCCUGAUUGCCCACACUACAGAUCGAGGUGUGGCUGAUGUAUCCUUCUACUUUCUUGCACUCGCUGCAGAGUGCUUAGAAACCCGUGAAGCUCAGGGGGAGGUACUUGGCAUCUUUGAUACCAUCACCAAAGUGACUGGCACCAAUGCUGAAACAAUCAAAAACGACCUCAAACGAAUUUGGAGUUGGGUCGAUGCUCACCCGCAUACGGUUACGCCAGCCCAGAUGCACACCAACUUCUUUGAAUUAGACCCAUCUCUAUCGAUGUCCAAUAACCAGGGCUCAUCUCCAAGUCAGCACAAUCCCCUGUUGACCGCGGGUGACUUUUCAUUUGAGAACCACCCGUAUCAAGGAUGCUAUGUGCCACCGCAUCACCAACAUGCACUCAAUCAAUAUCACCAAGGUACAUUUGAGUUGAUUUGA